GCUUUAUAUUCUCAGCUCAAAGAGCUCCAGAAGAAGGAUGCAGACAUGAAGGAGCGUGACAAAAUGUUGUACUCAAAGGUAUUUCCUUUUCUUUGCAGGAAAACAGAUCAUGUAUCUUUUAGAUCCCCUUUUUGGUUUUAUAGCUAUCCCCCUUCCAAAUAUAUGAAGCAGUUUAUAUCACAAAUGCAGGGGGACACUGAUUCUACGAGUAAGUUAAUUGGUUAUUGUAUGUGUGUUCAUGCAUUCAUAUACUUAAGCUAUCUGAACACUGUAUAUUUAUAUAGGUUGGUCGCUAGAGACACUGAUCUUCCAUUGGCAGCAACACUGCUGAAAGCAUAUGCAAAGGUUGAGCCUCUGACAAUAGCUGAGCUCAAUUAUUUAUUAUCACUGCUCCAUCCCAGGACAUUGACAUCAUAUGUACCGGGAGAGUUGCUCGCGUUGACAUGGACAAAGGGUGGUGUUAUGCUGCAUGCUCCAAAUGCAGUAAAACUGCAGCACACUGUCUCCGCUAUUGCGUUUGUGCAAUGCGACAAUGCUCAUGCUGUCGGGACUUUCCGCUAUCGCGUGGAGACGGCCAUUGCUGAUGGUACUGCUGAAGGUACAUUCUUUCGUUUUGAUGGUGUAGUGACGAAAUUACAUAGCCUCAGAGCAAGUGAAGCUGGUCAAAUGCUGGCUGAAGGAGUAAACCCUGAGGACUUUAAGAUGCCUCCAUUUACUACCCAUAUAGAAGCAAAGACAUACACUUUCCAAUUCAGUGUUAGUACAUCUAACUUCACAGCAAUCAGACAUUCACCAUCACGCUCAUUCUCGAUGAACGUGACCGUGUGCCAGUCCCUGACGUUGUCGACAACAUAGGUAAUGAUGAUGGGGACGACAUGCCAGAUGGCAAUCCAAUUCCUGUUAAGGUGGAAACUGGAGGGAGCAGUGGUGAGGCAGCGUUCAAUGCUGAUACAGAUCCAGUUGGUGUGUGCAGAAGAAGACGGCCAACUCAUCUUCUGAGGUGGUUAAGAAGACGUGUGUGGCUUGAGAUAGACUAGAAAGAACUAUAAACACACUACUCAAAAUUUAAAUAAUGCUUAUGCAUCUUCAUUUUCUUUCGCGUAUUGGUUAACUAUGUUUUUGUCUUUCUCCAAUUUUUGGGUACUAUAUUUGUCAUACAAUCUUCCUAAUAUGAGUUAUCUACCUAUUAACUUUCCACUACAAAUUUAUUUUUACUUAUACAUUUGUUUUAAACCUUUUGAUUCAAAAUGUGAGAAAAUAAUAUUUUUUUGUUAAAAUUUCCCAGAUUAGAUUUAUUAGCUAACAUGUUAUUUUUUUAAAAAAAUUAUAUGUUUAUCAGUGUUUUAAAAACCGGACCGGCCGGUUGAACUGGUUGGACCGUGAUUCACUCUUCUAACCGGUUCCGAGUUUGGCUAAGAACCGGAUUUAAGUUGAACCGGCACCAAACUCGCUAAAACCGGUGAUCCGGUUCAAUACUAAAACCCAGUUUUCUCAAAUUUAAGUUUAUAAUAAAAAAAAAAUUGUAAUUUCUUAAGAAAAAAAUCAUAAAACUUCAUAUUAUAUUUUAAUAUCUGUCUAAAUAAAUUAGUUUACAUUAUCUUUACAUUUUAUUUUCAUUUAUAAAAAUAAUUAUGUAUUAUGCUAUAUAUUUAGUUACUUAAUUUAAAAGUAAAUUAAAUUUUUAAAUCCCGGUUGAAUCGGUCCGACCAUUGACCCAGAUAUAAUGCCGAGUUAGUGUCCGGCUUGGUUUUAAAAAUAUUGUAUUUAUUUAAACCAUUAAAUUUUAAAAUUAUUAUUUAUUGGUGUUGGAGUAUAGUUAAUGAUUAUUUUAUUUGUAUCGCAUUAAUGCAUUGGUUUUAUUAUAAACCUUAAUCUUGAUUGGAGCCUGAAUAGUAUGAUAACAAGUAAAUAUUAAAAGUAUAAAGUUUAAUUAUUAGGGCUCAUGUUUUAUACAAUCGUUAAUUUACCUUAUAAUACAUGUUAUCAUCGUUAAAAGCUAUAAUGCCAUCUACUAAACUUAAUAGUUAAAACCCGUAUAAUAUGAGCCGCAAAGUUGAACAUGAUAUCAAACUAUGAGAUUUAUGCAUAUCCUGUUGUUGUAAUGUCUGACUGUAUUUCCUUACGUAUUAUCAACCAUACGUUAAGACUGAUGAAAACCAGCUCAUCGAACUGCCUGAUGCAAACAAAUCAGACUAUACAGUUAUUGUUUCAGAUUAUAUAUUUUAAAAUAUUUUUAGUUAUAAUGAAUAAGUUAUUCUUUUAUAUCGUAUAAAACAUUAAUUUUAAGGAAAAUUGUAUAACAAAAAAGAAAAAAUAAAUUAUUUUAUGAAAAAAUAUAUAAAUGAGACCGAAAUAACUUUAUUUUACUUAUUAUUUAUAACACCACUGAAUUUAAAAAAAAACCGUAAACUAAAUAUUUAUAAUUCAAAAUUAUUAUAAUGACUCGACAUCAUAUAAUUUCUAAAAUAAAUAUUAAAAUAAUUAGUUAGAAUAAUUGUGAAAUAUUUAUGAAAAUAAAUGUGAUUUUUAAUUAAAAUUAAUUAAACAUUUUAAAGUACAGUUACUAUUAUAAGUUUAUUUAUUCAUAAAAAUCAUGUGUUUUCUUCAUUUUAUCAUAAAAAUACCUACCAAAUUAUAAUGCAAACUUCACUUCUAACCUAAGAUACUUCAUAUAAGUUUAUAGGUGUUCAGUCUAUGGCUAAUAUUUUCACAUGCAAAAAGGGGUUAAGCCGAGUGCUGAAUAUACAUGCCCAUACACUUAAGACCCAUAGAUUAGAGCAACUUAUAAUUAACCAACAUAUUAAGGAUUACUAAUUAUAUAAAAAAUACUAUAAAAACCCCACAUACACCUCAAACAUAACUCUUACAACUUCUAAUAUUAUAGACCAUAAACCUCAAAAUAUACUGCUCUUGCAAAAACGAACAUAAAAUACACAAUGGAAAUAUACGAAUGCCAAUCCCAAUCAUUUUCUCGCAAAUGCACUUAAACAUGUGAAUUUGAAUCUUAGUUGAUGUCUCAAGCAUAUAUAAUCAUGUAGUCAUGACAGUCAAAAAUUAUAGUAUGGGUGAAUUAUAUUUCCUUAUUAAUACACAUAUAGUUUGUCACCCAUAAAGUCUGGGUGAUGCGAUCAUCCAAAUAGUCACAAUUAUCAUAUUUCAAAACCACGAAAGAAAAACACAAUCUAAAAGAGAGAGCACAUCAACGCAGCUUGCAUAAUAGAUAUUUAAAAGAAAAUAUACAAUUAAAACUGAGCUCAAAAAAAAAAAAAACAGAAAAAAAAGAGAGCACACCAACACAACU